AUGGAGUGGAGUUUCCUGGUUUAUUUCAGCACCAUCGUUUUACCAAUUUUAAUCUUCAUAUUCUACACUAGAAAGCCACACCAAAACAGGCUACCUCCAGGACCAACUGGAUGGCCACUGUUUGGUAACAUUUUCCAACUUGGAACUUCACCCCAUAAAACCAUAGCAGGUCUUAAACACGAGUAUGGCCCUAUUGUGUUGUUAAAGAUGGGUUCAGUUAAGACAAUGGUUAUACUCUCUGCGGAUAUAGCCGAUGAUUUUUUCAAGAACCAUGAUCUCUCCUUCAUCGAUCGCAGGAUUUUUGACGCCAACAGGUCAAAGAAUUACUACAAGGGUUCCUUGGCAUUGGCUCCAUAUGGCGUCUAUUGGCGUGUGAUGAGACGGAUUUGCACAGUGGAAAUGUUUGUUAACAAAAGAAUCAAUGAAACUGCAUCCGUAAGGAGAAAGUGCGUUGAUAAUAUGCUCUUAUGGAUUGAAAAAGAAGCAAAUUCUAAGGAAGGAAUGAAGAAUGGAAUUCAGGUGGCACUAUAUAUUUUCUUGGCGUCGUUUAACAUGAUAGGGAACCUUGUGAUGUCCCGAGAUUUGGUGGAUCCAGAGUCGAAAGAGGGCUCAGAUUUCUUUAACAUCAUGAAACGAAUGAUGGCAUUGGGUGGUAGUCCAAAUAUUUCAGAUUUAUUUCCUUGGCUCAGAUGGUUAGAUUUACAAGGUCUAAGGAGAAAAAUGGAUCGUGAUCUUGGAAAGGCAUUGGAUAUAACUACAAAAUUUAUGAAGGAGCGGAUAGAAGAGCACAAGUCAGGCGAACAAAAGAGAAAAGACUUCUUGGAUGUGUUGCUCGAAUUUGAAGGAAGCAAGAAUGAACCUGCUAAAUUAUCAGAACUAGAGAUAAACAUAUUCAUACUGGAAAUGUUCCUAGCCGGUUCAGAGACUAGUAGCACCUCCAUUGAGUGGGCAUUGACCGAGCUCCUACGCAACCCAGAAACAAUGAUCAAGUCUGGAGAAUAA